AUGCGCUUCGACUGGAGCGUCACUGUCGCUAUGGAAAAGCGUCUGAACAAAUUGGCUUCUCAAAUGUCAGGCGAUAACUUGGAGCGAACACUGAGGACACUUGGGACUCCUGAAUGCACCAGAGAGCCGGCCUUUGUUUGCGGAGCAGCGCGUCCGACGCGGCAGGUCUGGUUGCCGAACGCUGGACUCCUUUGCGAGCGCUCGCGGCGAACAGGUCGAUCGACCUUCGAGAGACAGGGGCGUGUCACGGUUGGAGCGUUUCGCUGCUGGUGCCAACAGGAACCGACUGCGGGCGAGGAGCGUUCGCCAGCGACAAACCGUCCUGGUGGGAAAGUAGAAACCGCCGCUGUCGGUGCCGGUGCCGCUUCCCUGGUGAAGGUUCGUUUCAUCAACACACCUGGCGGUCUUGAGCUUGAGACCAUGGCACCCCCAGGCAGUAUUGUGCUCGCGGUAGCGGAUGAGCUCGGUCUGCGGAUACCGCGCGGAUGCACUUCCGGGGUGUGUGGAGCGUGCACCUGCGACAUGGUUCAUCCAUCACUCCCUGGGGGACGGCAAACGGUCCGCGUCUGUAGCACGAAGGUAGCGACUUUUCCCGGUAUUGAUGAGAUCGUGAUCGAUGUGUAUCGAAUGAAGGAGAGCGCUACCAGAGAUGCGUAUCAGAGCUCGACGCUGAGGGCCUUGAAUCGCUUCGACAAUAUCGACUUUGAGUACAAGGCGGGCGCCCAGCCGCGGGCUAUCAUGAACCCGGCAAACCCGUUUGCACGACCACGCACGGUUCGAUGUGAGAAAUGCAAAGGAACCGGGAAACACGUUUGCGAGGCAUGUGAAGGCACAGGAAAAUCGACCGCGACCCUGAUGUGUUAUGUAUGUGUGGGAUUACGGCGAACACGGUGUGCAGAAUGCCAGGGCACUGGAUCGCGAACACUGCGACGGUGA